AGCGUGGGCAGAGACGUAGGCAAAGCGGCGUAUUCUUGCUGACGGCAACAUGGCUGUGGUGUCGGGCUAACAGACUGCAUGCGGCCAUGGAAGUAUUCCUAAAGCCUAAAAGCGUCUUUUAUUCGGCCGCUUGUGCUCCGUCUGCACGCUAACAUCCAGCCAGCUCACUUCCUAUCCACAGAAGAUGGCGGACUUCCCGCCAGUGUUAGCGAGGCGGGAAGAAGAAGAAGGAGGACGACUCGGCCAGCACAUCUUCGCUCGCUCCAGGUCGGGUUCCGAGUCAGAAAGCGAACUGUCCCAAAGCUUGGCUCGCACUAAAAUACGAUCUUACGGAAGCACAGCCAGCGUCUCGGCCUCUCUGGGCGAAAAAUACAUCGAACAUCGCCUCUCUGACGGCGACACUCUGCAGGGGAUCGCCCUGAAAUAUAAUGUGACGAUGGAGCAAAUCAAGAGAGCCAACAAACUUUUCAGCAACGACUGCAUUUUCCUGAAGAGCAGCCUCAACAUCCCCGUAGCCACGCAGAAGCGCUACAUUUUUAACGGACUGUCUCUAGAGUCUCCUGAUGGGGACGACCAAGCAGCGCAGCAGCAGCAGGAAGACCAGGGACCUUGGCCUGAAGACUCCAAAGGUUCUGGACCCCCAGCAGAGGAGCUCUCAGCCCAAGACUUCUUGACCAGACUGGACUUACAAAUAAAAAGAUCCAAGCAGGCGGCAGCAAGACUGAAAGAAGAGGAAGUCAGGAGCGAUGAGGUGAACUUCACUGCUGCCACCACAUCCUACCAGGAAAUAUAAACCUGGAAAAGUAAGCUGUAAAUAUGAGCAGGAAUUAUAAUGUAAGGAAAUAUAACUCGGCACCUUGCUUGUUUACCUUCUUGUUUUUGUGUCUUGUUGACCUUUUCUUUAUUCUGGAUAUGUAAAAGUGUCUCAUUUAUUUAUGUGUCCAACAUUAUUUAUGUCUAUUUUUAUUGUGCUUAUUCAUAAACAUUUUUGGAGUGUCCAACAUGAUUUAUGUUUAUUUUUAUUGUGCUUCUUAAUAAACAUUUUUGGAGUGUCCAA